GUGUUGAGUUCAUUGGAAUGGCGAACGAAUCAGAUCUUCAUUGAUUUUAGCUUCACUUGCGAUCAGAGUCAAUGUGGUAGGGGUCACGGACAUGGAGAUUACACACUGUUUUCUUCAGGCUCUGACAGAGAACAUGUGAAGGGGCUCUGCUCUUUGUGUAGCUUUUCCAGGGGGACCUUUAUGGUUCUUUUUCGCAUGUGACUAUUUGUAGUUCCCCACCCACAUUGUCCAUACACUCGAAGACACACUCACAUGUAUGUGUGUAUAUAUAUGUAUGUGUAUAUGUUAUUCUGAAAGUAUGUCUCUGUGUUUAAGUCUGAUGAUAUCAACGGAUGCUUGAAAUGCAAAAAUCUCUCAAGCUCCUUCUUUGGAGUUGUCUAGCUCUCCUGGCUCUUCAAAGGGGAAUGGGGGCAAAAUGUGGAGGGAAAAGCAAUGCACCAACGGUGAGGCAGAGACAAGAGAUAGGAGGAGGAGGAGGAGGAACAAAGUUCAGAGUGGAGAUUAGGAACAACUGUCCAACGUGUCCGGUCAUAAACCUUCACCUGAGAUGCAAAGGCUUCACUCAGUCGGCAGUGGAUCCUUCCGUCCUCCGUCUCGUAUCAUCCUCCUCCAGAGGAGACUGUGUCGCCAACGACGGCUUGCCCUUAGGCCCCUUCCAGGCCUUCUCUUUCUCCUACACUCACUCUCUUCCCUUCCCUCUCUUUCCUUCUUCUUGGUCUUUCCAGUGCGAAUGAAUGACCACUCCUCCUAAUGUGAUGCUUUGUGGACUGCCCUUUUAUGAUAUGGUGUAUUUACAUUCUUCAGUUUUUUGGUUUCCUCUUUUAUUUCUAUGAUAAGUGAUGUGAAUGUGACGUUUCAA